AUGUGUUACUUUGACUUUUUUUUCGUGUUGGUUAUGUUACUUAAAAGUUUAUAUGCGCAAGAGGAAAUUAUAACAGUGGAAGCGGUGGUGGGUCACAGUGCUGAGUUGCCUUGUAACGUGACAGCCGAGAACGACGGCGAUGUUCUUAAGAUACUUGCGUGGUACAGAGAUGGAUCGCCCACGGCUUUCUAUAGCAGUCGCGACCUACGCGGUGACGGCAGCGGAGUGCUGUCUCCCGGCGGGCGAUAUAAACUGAUCAGCUCGGAGGACGAAAGCAUUGAGAAGCUGCAAAUUCUCAAUGUUCGACCCUCGGAUGUCGGCCAGUACUAUUGCUUCGCGGACUUCGAGUCAAGUCCUACACACAAAACUUAUUUGAGACUUGAGGUUAUCGAGCCGCCGCAGCGUUUAUGGGUGAUACACGAGAACGGCACCCGCGUGACCACGGCCAGCGCGGGCUCCAAUAACAGCAGGAACGUGGGUCCUUACUAUGUUGGCGACACUGUGCACCUAUUUUGCGUCGUCUUCGGAGGCAAACCCCUGGCAUCAUUGUCAUGGUGGGCAGGCCAUAGGCUACUUAAGAACUCCUCAACACCUCUGUCAGAGCAGCGAGUACGAAGCGACCUAAUGUACGGACCCUUGCGACGAGAAGACCAUGGGCUCGUUCUUACAUGCUUCGCUAAAAAUAAUGAGAAAACGCCGCCACUCUCUAUCGAUAUCACUAUCGACAUGCAUUUGCCACCAGAGUUAGUGUCGGUGCGUAUUGCUGGCGACGACGAUGAUACAGUAGUGAGCGGACGCGUGCGCGCGAACGAACUCUUGACGCUGCAGUGCCGGGUUUUCGGUGCACGCCCACUACCGACAAUUACAUGGCGACUCAACUCAUCACAAUUACACAACCUAGAGCAGAACGUAACUAUGGAGCCGUCCCAGCGUUUAGUGGCAAGCGAGGUACAGCUCAGCAUCAGUCCGGAGUACGACGAGGCGCGCGUGACGUGUUGCGCGCCGGCGAACGUGCGCGGCGCCGACCAGUUUGUGUGCGCUCAGGGACUGCCCCUCACUGUGCUUUAUCCGCCACAAUUGCAGAUAGCUGUCGAUGGAGAACUAGACAAUAACACUCUAACAGCAGUCAAAGGCACGAACAUAUUAAUUAAUUGCAGCUACCAAGCAAAUCCGUCCGUUUACCAAGUGACCUGGUUUCAUGGGGAUGACUUGGUUACUCAAAACUACAACCACGAUGAGGCAACAAUCAAUCCGACAUUAGAGUUAAAGGAAAUAAGUGAAGCUGAUGCGGGAGAAUAUGUAUGUGCAGCGACUAAUAACGAGGGUUCUGCUUACAGUGAGCCUAUUGCUGUCGAUGUCACUUACCCAGCAUACUGUGCGGAUGAAACAAUAGCGGAGUACGGCAUUGCGGAGAACGAGUGUAUAAACAUAACUUGCAACGUGAAAGCAAACCCUGAACCGACCUCUUACCGCUGGGCGUUCAUCAGUGAAACCGUGGACGCUAACAAAAUGCGAAACAAUCACACUUAUAACGUGGAAACUGAAGAAUCAACGUUAUUGUACAAAAGACCUAACGACACGUCAUACACACUUAUACAUUGUUGGGGUUUAAAUAACGUGGUUGGAACUGGUUUGCCGCAAACAAAGUGCUCAUUCCUAGUAACAGACGAGACAGUGCCACGGCCACCUACAAACUGUGUAGCGACUAAAAGUAAAUUAAACGACAUAACAAUAUCAUGUGAAAAAGGACAUGAUGGCGGUCUUCAACAGAAAUUUAAAUUUAAUGUGAGUUCGUUAGACUCCGAGGAGCAACUCGUAUCAAUUAUUAAUCAAGAACCGAAAUUCAUAAUACAAGAGCCAAAGGAAGAAAAUUACAAAUUUGUUAUUGUAGCUUUCAAUGCUAAGGGAGAGAGUAAGAUAGUUGAAAUCGAAAAAGAUAGCAUCGUUGACGAAACAGAAGGUGCGGCGGAGGUGGAGAGCGCGGUGAGCAACAUCACGACGCUGGCGCUGGCGCUGUGCGGCGGCGUGCUGCUGCUGGCGCUGGCGGCGUGCGGCCUCGUGCUGUGCGCGCACGACCGCCCCGCGCCGCGCCCGCCGCCGCACCGCGACCCGCCGCUCUGCGCCUACAACACCGACGAUACGAAUUGCGAAACUUGUCACGACAGUGAUGACGGAAGCGAAUUUAACGUCAGACGCACGGAGUCCUUUCGUCGGGCUAUGGCUCGAUAUCCAUCAAAGAACUACGAUGUAAGAAGGACAGGCUCCUUCCAUUCGGCACGUUAUAUGCACGAGAUGUCCGAACCGGAGAGUCAUAAAUGUAACGAUACUUUACGCUACAGUGCCAGUUGUAAGCUCCAUUCCUUGCAAAAUAUCAACAAGAAAAAAGAUAUGGACGUGUUGUGCGAUCACUUAGUAAUGCAUCUACCACCCGAAACUAAUUACAAUGUCUCCAAACCGAUGAAUACAUUUUACACGAUGCCAAGGAAAAUGCGACACAAAUUAGCUAAAGAGCUCAGCGACGAAAAUUCGGAAAUAACACAAACUUCAGACGGGUUCUCUCUGCCGCCUCCACCAGACGAAUUUGGCACUUAUCGAGCAGCAACAAAGAUCAAAGAUAUGCCGACUAAAUCAACUCCAACUUAUACUACGAUCGUCCGGAAAAAUUCUUCAGGCAAGGAGCUAGCGAAGCAACAAAGCACUCUAUCUCCAAUGAACACAGUAGGCCUGCCAACUAUUAGCAGCGUCCAGAAUAGUAUUUAUACUUAUUCAGAUUAUGACAAUCAGGGUCAUUCUAUUAACACGAAUCCAUUUGAUGAUUCGUCAUAG